ACACAUCUGAGCAAAGAGACAACAGACCCUGGAAAGGUUGUGGCAAAAAGGGCACCGGAGACUCCAAGGCUCAAACAUUAGCGCAGGUCUAAAUUCAAACCUAUUUUCAAGGUCCGUUCUGCUGGAUUUCCGAAAUAGAAUUUGCCAGACAGCUCGACUCCGCCAACUCACGCAGGAGCGCAGCAACUUCGAUCUUUUUUUUUUUUUUUUUUGCUCAGCGUUAUUUUUUACAAAGCCACCGUGGCGUUAUAGAGCAGAGGUUCACCUUUCCAAGCAAAUCGCAAUUAUAGCUACAUUAAAACGUGAAUAGAUUUUUAAAGAAGAACAACAGCAACAACAAGAAGAGAAACAAGGCGAAAAUGACUUGCAUAGUUAGUAGGCUGUUUGCCACUGUGACGGUGUUGCUUCUGUGGCGGGUGGAGGAGAUCGCAGAAGCAUGCAGCUGCUCCCCUGUGCACCCACAGCAGGCUUUUUGCAAUGCAGAUGUUGUCAUCAGGGCCAAGAUGGUUGGAAGGAAAGAGGUGGAUUCUGGGAACGACAUCUACGGCAAUCCCAUCAAGAGAAUCCAGUAUGACAUCAAACAGAUCAAGAUGUUCAAAGGCCCAGACCGGGACAUUGAGGUCAUCUUUACCGCCCCCUCCUCAGCAGUGUGUGGGGUCACCAUGGACACCAAUGGAAAGAAGGAGUAUCUCAUCACAGGCAAGACGGAGGCCGAUGGGUCCAUGCACGUGACCCUGUGUGAUUUCAUCACCCCGUGGGAGACCAUGAGCCCCACGCAGAAGAAGAGCCUGAGCCAGCGAUACCAAAUGGGCUGCGACUGCAAGAUCACUCGAUGUCCCUCCAUCCCAUGCACGAUCAAUAGCCCGGAGGAGUGCUUGUGGACAGACUGGGUGAUGGAGAAGAGCAUCAGUGGUCGCCAGGCCAACCACUACGCCUGCAUCAAGAGGAGCGAUGGCUCCUGCGCCUGGUACCGUGGGGUCGCACCGCCCAAGAAAGAGUUCAUGGACAUUGAGGACCCCUAAUCCUAUCCAGCUGCCCACUGCAGAGCCCGCAUAGAAAUGCCUGUAUUAAUAGAAUAAAUAAAAAUAAAAAAACAAGCAGACAAACACAAAAAGAAUAAUGUUAUGAUAAAAAAACACAAUUAAAGUAACCGUUGAUAUGGACAUAGAACAUGCAACACAAAUAGACUGGGUGAGUGAUGAUGUCACUUCCUGGAAUAGGCUGGCAGCAGGAAACAUUGUCAACGCUGUGAAUAGAGCACUUUCUGCCCCAAAAAGCUCUUAACCUUCUUCUUUUUUUUUUUUUUUUUUUAAAAGAAAGAAAAAUAAGCACAUUAAAAUUUCCUGGUAAACAUCUGUCGUGUAGUUUCCUGGUAAACAUCUGUCUUGUAGUUCAUUUUCAGUCACAGUCCAAAGCGAAGGGGUUGUCAGACCUCUCUGAAGCCUAAAUGAAAGGUAAAUUCAGAGUAUUUCCCAUUGCUCGUAACCAUGCUAUAACAAUUGGCAAGGCAGGCCUUCCCAAGCCAUUUUGUCACGUCUUUUGUGAAUGAGUAAAGAGGUGUAAGGGUGAGCAACAAGGGGAAAAUCUGAAGCCAAAGCUGAAAGGAUGCCUCUGUUUAGACCUGUCCUGUGGUUAUAAACCCGAUAGGAAACGCCCUGAGCAUUUCUGUUGUGAACAGUAGACCAAUUAGUAAUGUCGUAAUCCAUGUGAGACGUAAAGUAGACAGGAAUUUUGAAGCACCGAAAUGAAUGCCGUAAAGGAUGAGUGUUGGACUAUGAAUGGACUGUGAGCCAGACAUGAGGAAGAUAGACACAUGAUCUUUCUUUAAAAUACAUAAGGGACCUGAAUUUGUUUUUGAUUUGUAAUUGACAAUGUUCCCUUGUUUCAUUAAGGAUCAUCUGCCAACAGAUUGCUUUAUCAUUUUAAUUGUGCCCAAUAUUGUAUCAUUGUAAUGCCCCUGAGUAUGUCACAUUGUAUCAUUAUAGCAAGAAAGAAUAUACACAAAAUCCCAACUAAUUUUAACUGACAGUACUUAGCUGUAACUUAAGUUGUAGAGUGUGAAAAAUUCUCUCAGAUGCAAUGGGGUGAUUUUUUUCAUUUAAAAUGGCAUGCUACCGAAACAGAAGACGGGAUAAUUCUCUAAUAAAGGUCAUUUCUCUGCAUCCGACUGCUUGUAGCUCAUCAGAUGUCACUGAAUGAGUCAGUAAAUUUGUGGUGACCCUUGGGAAUGCGACCAACUCUACAGCUGCCUAAUCAAAAUGUAAACGGAAAUAACAAGGAAUAUGGUUAGGAGCCCCUUGUUAGUUCUUAGUGUUUUCUGUCACUGUACUAUCAUUGCUGAUAUGGCUGUUACUUAAAUUAUACAGACACUUUCUGAAAACAUAGUCAAAAAACGGCUUAAUCUUAGAUAUCCACUGAUGCCCAAACCUUAAGAGUGCCAAAUUCAUAUCGCUGUUCUCCAGCGUGUGAAAGCUGCUGUCACUGUGAGGACAAGUAACCAGAAUAAAAAAGAAGGUAAUCGGCAUUUUGGUGAUGGGUCUGACCUUUAGCCUUUCUGAGUCCCGUAUGUGACGUCUCACUUGUCCAGUCUAUGAUGUUUCCAUGGAGAAAUGGAGACCAUUUCUUGUGGUCACUGUUUCCUUCCUAAUUGAUUAAUAAUAUUGGUUAGAUCUAGACUUGUACUCCCCCUGAAAAAGAAACAUCCAAAACAGGAGAGGACUGAGUCCUCUCUUUGCUUCAUAUUUUUUUGGUUUUGUAGCUUCUUCUUUAUAGUACUUGAUAUAACUUUCCAUUGGUUUUCUAUCCUGAUUGUAUUUUGUAUUGCCAUUGCUAUAAGGUGUGUAUACUGUUUUUUUUCCAUUGUAUUUUGUUUUUUUUUUCUUCAAAAUCUUUUUUUUUUUUGUGUUAUCCCCAGUUGAGGGUUUAGAGAUUGCUAGGUGUUAGGUGAGACAUAACACUUACAGUCCCCUUGAGAGGUGGAGUUUACAUAAUUAUUUGAACUGCCGUAAUUUUCAGACAAAGGCCAUGUCUGAAUCAGCGCAGUGCCUACUAUUGAGUAUGCCAGUUGAAUACAAGUUGUAUAUAACUUGUAUACUCAAUAGUAGGCAAGUGUGCUGAUUUGGAAACAGCCAUAAUCAGGGGAAAGAUUCCAGUUCCUGGAGGGUUAGUGCUCAUGCAGUAUUCCUUUCCACAAUUUUCCUGUGACUUAAUUAGUUAAUUAGUACUAUAUUUACAUCGCCAAAUUCCCCUAAAAUAUGUUGCACUAAAAUGUAUGUUGUGUAUAGGGCACAUAUAUAACCUAGAUGCAAUUAAUUUUUUUCAAAAAUUGAAAAGAAAAUAUUUUGUAAAUUUGAUUGGGCCUAAUUAAGUAUUUAAGAGCACAGAUGAUAAAAAUGCCCAUAGCACACCUCUGCUUGUAAACACUGCAACCAAAAAUAAACUCUUUACAAUCAAAGUAUUGACCGAGUUUGGAUAACACAGACACUGGUACGGUACUAACUAUGCGUCUUAUUAAUUUCCUUAAUGAACCAAAAAAUUGGUGGAGCUACAGUAUAAUGUGCUGCCAAUGUCUCAUUGCUUGGAACCUACCGUAGUGUUUUGCUAUUGUCCUGUGAGUGGUAUGUAGGAGUCUGCGAUUGAUAUCACUUGGAUGGUGGAAAAGCAUCACUCUCACAUCAUUAGCAUCUGUAUUUUACAAAUGUGUAUAUAUGGCUUGUUUUGCUUGGUGGUGGACAGUGGAUGGUGGGAGGUUGAAUGUGUGGGCACAGGGGUGUGCAGUGGCUGGCAGAGGCCCAGGUGCUAGAAGCCAGAUCUCCCAACGAUGCGUGUGCCUGAGCUAGGUCAUGUGACAGUUCACAUCACUCCCUCCAUGGGGUGAAAGGGAUUGUGGGACUGGUUUGUCCUGUCACUGCAACCCAAUUUGACACCACUAUAGGAACUAUAGGACACCCCCCCCCCCCAACAGGCAUACUAAAAUUCAACUCCUGAGAGGCCAAAGUUACACUGACCAGCAGAAUCUGUGCAAUGGGUUGUGCUACAGAUAAUGGAUGCUUUCAAUUAACUCAGCAAAGUUUGGUCAUCAAGAGUUGUGAAAAUUUCUUCCCUUCUAUAAACAAUUGAGAGCUAACAGCUGAGAUUGAGCAGGCUAGCAGUGCAUCUCCUGCUCCUCAUGGCUGAAUAGUGAAAUGCAUCUAAAUGUGCCCCGUUAGUGACUCUGUAGAGGAAACAGUCUCAACCACCCCCCACCCCACCCCCAUGUAUGCUCUUUGAAUCUUACUCUCUUCCAAAUGAAACGCAUCUUUUUUUAGAGCUAAUGAAAUGUUAAAAACUAUAGAAAAACAAUCAAAUGAAACGUUUACAUGUUUUCGUACUCUUCAUGCUCUUGCAAGAAUUAUAUAUAUUGGAAAAUGCAAAUGUAAUUUAAAAAUGGGUAAAUCCGUGUUUUUAUUUUAUAUGCCAUUUUCUUGUAUACUAUGUUUUUUAGUGUUUUUUUAUUAGUCUUUGUCUCUCAAGCGUUUUGAGUAGUGUGUGAGACUUGUGCUGGAACCACAUGAGACUAGCUGUGUAGUGAGAUCCAGACUAUGCAUGUCUUUAAUGUUUUGUAUAAUUAAUAUGUGGAUGUUCAGUCAAUUGACGAAAUAUACAGUAUUACCAAAUAAAAAUUUAGAGUAACACA